AAGUAACUUUCGUUGGUGAAUGGUUAGAUGCCAAUGGGGAUAUGAUUUGAUUAGACAAGGGUCAUCUGUGUCCUGUUGUUCCAACCUCCAGUUGUACUAGAGCCCCACACUUGUUUAAUCACAAGGUGGCUUGCUUAUUGCUUGCUUCGUUUUAUCAGGAUAAAUAUUCUGCUGCCCUGCCCUGCCCUGCCAUGGCCCGUAGUUGUAUCACCGUGUCCUUUUCCUCCUACCACCCCCGUUUCUUUCUCUUUCUUUCUUCCUCCUCGUCCUCUUAAUUUCUCCAUUUGAAGGUUACAAGCAUAUAUUAGCUUCCAGUUUAGUAGUCCCAGUGCUUCAAGAACUAAUUUUUCUAGUUCUGGUGCAGCAGAGACCAGAGCAGAUUAAGCUAGUUAUUAGCAGCUAACCAGAUUGUGUCUGGUUAUUGAUCAGUGAGCGGCAGUGUCGUUUUGAGCUUGGUGAUCGAGUGUACAUACAUAUACAUACGUAGGACAGAGAGAGAUAUGCGAAGAUGAUGCGCGGGAAGGACCAGAGACCUGCGUUCUCGCCGAUGAAGGAGUCCGCCGCGGUGCCCAAGGAGGAGGUGUGGGAGGUCCGGCCCGGCGGCAUGCUGGUGCAGAAGCGGGGCCCGGAGGCCGACCCGCCCCCCGGCGGCGCCCCCGUGCCCACCAUCCGCAUCAAGGUCAAGUUCAACGGCGUCUACCACGAGAUCUACAUCAACUCCCAGGCCUCCUUCGGUGAGCUGAAAAAGCUUCUGUCGGAGAAGACGGGGCUGCACCCAGACGACCAGAAGGUGGUGUACAAGGACAAGGAGAGGGACUCCAAGGCGUUCCUGGACAUGGCCGGCGUCAAGGACCGCUCCAAGAUGGUGAUGCUCGAGGAUCCCGCCGCCAAGGCCAAGCGCCUCCUCGAGGAGCGCCGGACCAGCAAGGCCGAGCGUUUCGCCAAGUCCAUCUCCCGCAUCAGCCUCGACGUCGACAAGCUCGCGUCCAAGGUGUCGGCGCUGGAGACGAUCGUGAGCAAGGGCGGGAAGGUCGUGGAGGCCGACGUGGUCACGCUGACCGAGGCGCUCAUGAACGAGCUGGUGAAGCUGGACUCCAUCGCCGCCGAGGGCGAGGUCAAGGCGCAGCGGCGGGUGCAGGAGAAGCGAGUGCAGAAGUACGUGGAGACCCUGGACGCCAUCCGCGCCAAGAACAAGACCGCGGCGGCGGCGGCGCCCAAGGCCAACGGCCACGCCAAGGCGCGGCCGCCGCACCUCCCGCCGCGGCCGCCCCCGGCGCAGCAGCACCAGCAGCGCCGGCAGUUCCAGCCGCCGGCGCCCACCACAGGUACCGCUCCGGCGCCACAGACGGCGACGGCGAGCUGGGAGACGUUCGACCUCCUGUCCUCUGUCCCGUCGACGUCCGCGGCCCCCGUGACGACCAUGGCCCCGUCGACCACCACCACGCCGCCCCCGAGGUUCGAGUGGGAGCUCUUCUAGAAGGUGCCUGCUGGUCCCUCCCGCCACAUGUGCGCCUGUCCAUUCGCUCGGCCGGUACCUUUCUUGCUCAUCUUGGCCAUGGUGCAUGUCACUCGUCAUUGUUUCUUCUCUUUAUUCUUUCUUUCUUUCUUUCUUUCUUUUCAUUGAGUGUAUGUAUAUUGAUCUCCAUUACAAAAAGGCAAGAACUGCAGUGAGCUAGUGUGAUCAGUGACCCCCCAUGCCAUGAAGAUGCACAUCGAUGGUGAUGGUGUCUGUCUGCAAAUAAGUGCUGGCCUUACAACGACGGAUUUCCCAUGACCAUGUAUGUAUAGUAGUGCAGUGUAUAGUGUACAUGAAUCAAACAAUCUCUCGACAUAUUUGUCUCGUGUCGUGUGUGCUGCAUGUAUGAUGGAUGAUUCAUCCUACAUUGUGCAAACAAAACAAUGCUUGAAAGAGGGAGAGUGUGGUGAGUAUUGCAAACAAAACUAGUACUCCGUAUAUAUGAAUCCUUAUUUGUUUUUAUCUUA